AAAUUGGAAAAUUUCUCGUCUCCACCUAAUAUACAUUGUCAUCAUCCUCAUCAAGUUUUACUAUUGUGCGAUUCAGAUCCGAUCCGAAUUCCCCAUUUGACAAACAGUCUAAAAAAACUUUUCAAAGUGGUUAGAAGCUUCUAUGAUUUGGCCUUGACCCCUACCAAAGCAACCACUCAACUUGCCACUAAAACAGGGGUCUCCCACCAUUUAAUACAUCCAGCAAAAUAGGGUCUGCUUUUUCUUAUGUUUUAACAUUCUGCCAUUAGAUUGAGGCUUACUGUUCUGCAGGUGUGAAACAAAAAGGGAGAAGAAGAACAAGGUGUAAUGGGGUUCCCAAGCUUUUCUGGUGUCUCUACUGGGCUUCUGGUUAUAAUCAACACAGUUCUCUCAGUCCAAUCUGUUAAGGACAUUGUCAAAUCAUUUAUGCGUAUUCUGGGUUUAUUUUUUACAUCUUCUGCUGAUAAUGUACAGAUAAAUAGCAGGAGUAACCAGCUUCUGAGAAGGGAAUAUUCAAAUUCGAAUCCUGAAACAUCUUCAGAGACUGCUCCAGGUUUGGGGUCUGAGCUCGCCCAAUUGCCCGUUGUGGCUGAUGAAAUCAGGCAGAAUCUCCCUGUUGUGCCCUAUACAACACCUGCAAAUAAUACCCAUGUGGGUGAAUGUGCUGUUUGUCUGUGUAGGUUUGAGGAAGGGGAUCAAAUAAGGGAACUGCCAUGCUCUCAUUUCUUCCACAGGAUUUGCCUUGACAAGUGGUUGGAUCACCAACAAACAACUUGCCCUUUAUGCAGAUUCUCCCUCAUACCAGAAGAGACUGCCAUUAGGCUGAGGAGAAGAGAGCAGGAACUAACAGAAGAGCUUAUGUUCUGGUUCUCCUCCUUCCAUGGCCAUGGAUUUCACAGUAUGUGGUGGCUAAGGGCCUAGGGACAUACCUUCUGUUAAUUGUUGCUGGAGUAUUAUAGAUCAGACAUUCAACUGGGGCAUUUCAUUUGGACAAUUGCGCCUCAAGAUUUGUAUAUAUAUAGUAUUUUUAUUUCUCCUAAUUUUCAGCAUGUAAAUCUAUUUAUUUUCCACUCAGACCCAGAUGGUCUGAUGGAUUGAAUUUUUCAGCAGCAGAACUCUUCAAAGCAAUAUUGGUAUUAUUUAAAUAUUUCCGUUUCAAUGGCAAUCUUUCGAGAGGCAACUAUGAAAAAUGAAUGGAUUGGUUGUUCUUCAUCA